GUAGCCUGGCACGAGCAAGAGGAAGAAGAGGUUUGUCCAAACGACCGUGCCUUUUGAGCCUUUCCUCUCACCGCGUUAACCUGAAAACGUCACCGUUGCCGCCUUCCAUCCCCAAACCUUCUCACUGCCGUGUCCCUGAGCAGCUUCUGCUACAGUGGUCCCACGAGUUGUAAGCAGCACCUUCGCUCUUUGGCCUCCGGUAGUCCUGGGCAGCUGGGAACUUCUGGCGACUUUGACGAGCAAGCUCGGCGGGCGAUCUUUCUGGACACCUCUUUGCCUACGAGCCCUGGCUCAGCAUGGCCGCGAGUGAAGCCCUGAGGCCUCAAUCGUCUGCUGUCGCGUAAGUCAAUCCAUCGUCACUUAAGUAUUCCUUCGUCUUAAAUUUACAUAUUUAAAUGAAUGAUGUCUCAGUUUGAGAGUAUAUGUCUGUAUCUUGUCCACCUAAUUAUAGAUAUUGAUGAAAAAGAAAUUACCGGGUGCAACUUAACAUAUUAAACAAAUGCUACAUAUUCCUAGCAAAUACCCGCCGUGGUUGCUCAGUGGCUAUGGUGCUGGGCUGCUGAACAAGAGGUCGCGGGACCGAAUCCCGCCCACGGCGGCCGCAUUUCGAUGGGGGCGAAAUGCGAAAACACCCAUGUACUUAGAUUUAGGUGCACGUUAAAGGACCCCAGGUAGUCUAAAUUUCCGGAGUCCUCCACUAUGGCGUGCCUCAUAAUCAGAAAGUGGUUUUGGCACGUAAAACCCCAUAACUUAAUUUUAUUCCUAGCAAAUGUACUGACAUUUGUUGCUUUAUUCACCAUUCGGUGUGGUGUAGCGUAAGAAGGGGCACGGGAGACGACACAGAGUACAAGUACACGGCGUCGAACACGGGAGCAAAUCUUUGUUUAUCCUGUUUAUCUGCUUUUUUUAAGUAUUUCUCACUCUUCUCUACUGUUUGUAUUCCGGAUAGAGACCGGUUAAAGAGCACUGUGGGAGAACAGUCAGAGCAAAAUUAUUUUAGGGCCCAGCGGAAGGUACUUCACCGCAACUUGUACUAUUGGCUGGAAAGCCUAGCGCUUUAGAACCUUCAUAUUUAACAUACAGUGCCCAGCUAGGUGUCUCUACUUUUAAAUGAAGGAACGAGACGUGCCACUUCAACUCGUUGACAGCAGAUGAGCGUCAGUGUCUACGCUUGAGAUCCCAAUCGUUGCUCGGACAUUUCCGGGGGACGUUCACCUAAUUAAAUGUCAGUGAAGAGUUCCCAGAAAGGACGCCGUGCCCUGACUUCUCUCUAAGCGGACACCACUGCUGUGCUAACACAUUGUAAAUGGAACGAAGUUGCAAAGGAAGGACGCAAGUGGCGAUGUAGAGGUGAGAGUAAACGCACUGUCGCAGGCGUUCAUCCUUUGCAUCACCGAGUGAAAUUGAGAGGGAAAAGUCAAAUAAUAAGUCAAUUUCAUUGAAGUUCUUCAUUAACGGUUCAUGAAGUGAAAAUUGUAGUCAAUAACCUACCUCAGUGCGCCAUCUAAGACCCGCUCAUUUCAGCCUUCUAACAAAUAAAUAGGUUACGGCAAGAAUUCUGUGUCGAAUUACUGGAGGUCAAAUUUGCUGUACAGUAUUGAACGAAAUGUUUCAUGGCGCGCGCCUGGAACUGUACGGUACAUGACGUAGCUGUAACCUCGCCUAACUGUUAUCCACUGCAAGAGCGCUUAGGAUGACAUGUGACAGCCUCAAUGUUUCCUAUAGCUACACGUAUGUUUACGCGCUCUUAUUUUCGAACCUCUGGAUAAGUACGAAAUUAUACUAGAAAUUACACUUCCUCUGCACUGCUUCCUAAAGCGGUCAUCAAGCUCAGAAGUUAUUCUUUGCUAUAUCUUUUUCUGUCAGCAGUUUUGUAGAUAGUUAUCUGAAUGUCUUUUGCAGAAAACCUUUUCAACUCUAACUACGCUACUGAAUGGCUAAUACCUCCUUACAGCUUUAUGGACUAGCAUGUGAAAGCAAUGUUAUUCGCACUAAUUCUCUGUGUUGAUGGCCUAACAGUGCAGUUCUCAAUUUUUCCUCGCAGCAAGGACUUCAGCGAUCACCAACGUGUUUACGCCAUCGCCGCCUGUUUGAUAUUCGUUGGCCUCAUGUGUUUGAUGACUGUGGUGGUGCUCGGAAUAACAACAGAAGCCGACGAUGACCUCGACGACCUUGGCGGUGGUGGUGGCGGUGAUGGCGGAAGUGGAGGUGCGGAUGACGGUGCUUCUUCUCCAAAAUCGUCUCCAGCAGGAAAACCACCACAGACAACCUUGAAACCGUCGGGUGUGCGGCCGUCCAGAAGGGUGCCACCAAGCGUGCCAUCAUCGGGUGUGCCACCGCCCCGAGUGACAUCAGUUGUGCCACCGUCUACCUUGCCAUUGCCUCCAUUGGGAGUGCCUACACCACAGCGUCCUGCUACUCCGCAACUGACGACAACGACGACGACAACGACGCCCACCACAACCACGACGCCCACCACAACCACGACGACUACCACGACGACUACCACGACGACUACCACGACGACUACCACGACAACGACAACGACAACGACUACGACGACGACAACGACGACGACAACGACGACGACAACGACAACGACCACGACCACGACAACGACCACGACAUUUGCGCCAUUCACAGAACUCAUCUGCACGGUUUCCGCCUUCGCGGUCUUCAGCACCAUGUACCCGCCGGACGGCUUGUGUCACUGCCUGUUCUACUGGAACGUGGUCGUAAGCGGCGGCACCAUGCGGGGCGUAGAGGUGUCGACUUCGUGGGAAGUCUUUAAGAAGGAAAUGAUAAAGCACAAGAAUACUUCCGGAGGCAUCAGUUUUGACUCCCGGUACGUGACUGCUGCUAGUGUCCGCUCAGUAGAGAAGGAGCUGAAUGAUCUUACCACGAGAAACAUCAUGCACUACGGUGUUCUCAAUAUGUUGGCCACUCCAGCGAAAGUUCACGUCUUGUGGCAGCGGACGAAAGCGCUUCUUAAAGAACUCAAGACUAUACAAGGAAACGACCCCAAGAAAAGGAUUAUACUGGCGAUGGGCCUAUACGAUUACGGAUCGCACGGAGAAUAUUACGGAGACUUCACGAUUCUAUUCAGAGAAGCAGUCGAGGAGUCGGGCGCGGACACUGUCAUCGCCAUCAGCUCUGUCGGUUGGUCAUACCACAUGGGGCGGUGUGAAUGUACUCCACCCUCCGUCUGGGACACGGAGGCAUUACCCAGCUCGCGCAGCCCUUUGGCAAGGAAGUAUCCUGACCUGAGGAGGCACGCAGCGUUAAUGUCGAAACGCCAGUCCUACAGCUCGAAGGUUAAAACGGGCCUGUCUUUCGAGUUGGCCACACUGGUGUACAAUACGACACAAAGCUAUCAGCAACAGGACACUCUAGAUGUCGCAUUGCUAUACAGCGAGUGCAAUCUCUUCUUUACGACGAACUAUGACGUAGUGCCAUGUAAAAACGUUUCACGCUUAACUGGUAGCCUAGUGCACCCGGACGUCGCCAUGGCAUCUGCGGAACUUCAGCCAUCUCUGAUUUUCAUCUUCGAGGACAAGGAUACUCUAGAGAAAAAGUGCGAGGACCUGGCAAGACCGUCCACCUACCUGAGGCCAAAUAUGGCGAUACUCCUGCUGAACGUUCACCUCGGCGACUACUCCGUGAACGCAUGCGGCGAUGCCGACCCGCUGAGGGCCGACCCAUUUUGGCGCAUCCGCGUGGUGAAGAGGGCGUUGAAUAUUACGUGACGUCCCGUCGAGGUGGUUGCGGUUUGUGUCCUGAGAAGUGAAAACAUGCAGCACUUCCCUUAGGCAGCAACACACGGUGCAUGUUUGGGAUUUAUUUUAUUAUAUUGUAUAUCUAUUAUAUACUAAUAAAUGAUUCGUUGUUGCAUCACCCUA